AUGUCUAUGAAUACUUUUGAUGCCGAAACUGCUGAUAAUUUAGAAGAUAUUGAAAGACAAUUUGCUGUUAUUGCUGUAGAACAAGCAGAAACUUAUUGGAACUUGUUAAUAAAGUUGCAAGGUUCCAAAUUACGUCUAACCAAAUAUGACGAUGAAAUCUACAGUCUUUUUAUCGAACACUUUCCAGAAUACAAAGACGUCGAAAGAAUAAAGAAGUUUACCGAAGAUGAAUUGAAGACUCCAGCAGCCAAAGAUAGAUGGAGAAAAUACUGUACGUUAUUCGAAGGAAAAGUUGAAGAUUACAAUUUUGGUACCCUUUUGCGAACUGAUGCCAAUGCUGAAUAUGGUCAAGAUACAGCUAUCUUCGUUGUGAGAAUCCAAUUCUAUGCUUUCGAAAUUGCUAGAAACAGACAAAAACUCAAUGACUGGAUUUAUGGUAAAUAG